CCCCCGUCUCCCACUGAUGUGACAGCAGUCCAGGAUGGUCCCACUAGUAUCACAGUGACCUGGACUCCUCCUGAUCCUCUGGAUGGUAUCACUGGCUACAGGAUAUCCUUCACUGGAGGCAGUGAUGUGGAUAUUGAUGGUGGAUCUACCAACAGCUACACUCUGACUGGUCUCACCAAUGGACAGACCUACACCAUAUCCAUUGUAGCGAUAGUUCCAAACAGACCAACAAGUGCUCCUGAAGUUCGAGAGAUCACAUUAGUGAGUGUUCCAGAGAAACCAACCAUAGAUAUGGACAUCAUUGAUACCACAUCCACUACCAUCACUAUCUCCUGGAGCCUUCCUCCUGAUGUAACUGGCUCUGAGGUGAGCUGGGAGCUAACAGAGGAGGGGAGAAGAAGAGGAGUAUGCAAUGCUGAGGGAGGGACUAGUGGACGACUCCCUGCAGACCAGAACAGCUACACUAUCGACAAGCUGAGGAGUCGAACUAGUUAUGACAUCACUGUCACAGUCUUCAACCCUGCUGGGAACUCUUCCACCACCUUCACUCGCUCUACUGAUGGAGGAGGUGAGUUUCAGAGACAAUUCACUCAGAAACACAGCUCUACAGUCACUGCAAUGAAUGAUAAUAAAACAGAUAAUUUAUAUAAGUAUGGUAGUAUAGCCACUGUCAGCAUAAAACUGAUUGAUGCUAACCAGGCGGAGAGUACUAGCAACACUUCUGCCAUUAUUGGUGGAGUAGUGGCUGUGGCUGUUGCCUUUAUGAUCAUAACUUCACUGACAGUCAUAGUGGUAGUGAUUCUAGUGCUGAGAAGUCGCAGUGGAAAUUACUCUGCAAAAACAAGG